AUGCCGAGAAUAUCAUCAUCAUCAUCAUCAUCCUCAUCCUCCUCAUUCCUAUCUUAUCCCCCCUUUUCAUCGAAAUCUAUAAUACUAUCGCUAUUAUCAUUCUUUUUUCUAUUUCCUGGUUAUAUAAAUGGCCUUGGAUUCUCUGUUCCUGCCAUCAAAGCGGGCGAUUCAUCGAAAUAUUCAUCCAAGAAUCAUUUGUUUAACUGUGUAAGUUAUCCUACUGUUAAAGAUGAUAUUGUUUUGGUUCGUAUCAAAUCAGGUGAUAAAUUACCAAGUCAAACUUUAAAUUUAAAUAUCUUUGAUGAUGAUAAUAAUAGUUUAAGAUCUCAAAUUGAUAUUUCAAAUGAUAUAAAUUUCAUGUUUACCAAUUUAAACAAUCCUAUUUAUGUUAAUGAAGAUGAUUCAACUUUAAAAUCUAAUAAUGUGAUUGAUCAAAUAAAGCGUUCAUCCAAUAAUUUAUUUGGAAAUGGUAACAAUAAUAAUAAUAAUAAUAUGGCUGAUGUCGAUAAAGCUAAAGCAGAUGAAUUAAUCAAUAGUGAUCAAGGAAAAUCGUUAAUUUAUAUUUGUUUUGAUAAUCUUUAUGCUGAUAAAUCAUGGUCAUUUGCAGCUCAACCUCGUGAUAUUGAAUUAUUUGUUGAUAUUAAAAAUAUGAGUACUAUUAAAGAAACUAAUUAUAAUAAUUUUGCCCAAUAUUUCCAACGUUUCACAUCUCAAGAAUCCAAACGUGAACAAUCAUCAACUGAUCCAUCAUCAUCAGUUUCAGCCGCUUUAAAUAAUAAAGAAUUUACAAAACAAGAUUUUGAAAAUGAAAUUCAAUUUUUAAAAACUGAAUUACAAAAUGUAAUUGGGAAUUUAGAAAAUUCAGGUAUAAUAUUACAAAGUUUAAUGGAACAAGAAUUUAAAUUAAGAGAUGUUAAUGAAGAAAUCUUUGAAGAUUAUACUAAAAAUUCAGUUAUUUUAAUCAUUUGUAUUGUUGUAUUUGGUUUAGCUCAAAUAAUUUAUUUCAAAGUUUAUUUAAGAAGAAGAAAGAUCCUUUAUUGA